AUAAAAAUAUUAAACAAUAGCAAGAACAAUGCCAUUUUGUGCACGUAUUACGAGAUAUAUAAGACGUAGAUGUUGGCUUUGCUGACUUCAUAGCGAAAACAAACGCAAAUAGUUAUAUGUUUACAUAUAGAGAGAGAGAGACUUCCAGUUGGAAACGCUAAUUCGCAGUAGGCGUUAGAUAACGAGCCAAGCGUAGCUGAGGGCGUCUCAGCAACUGCCAUCAAAUGCUAUCAAUGCAAAUCACUGACGGAUGUGAACUGCAGCAAAGACAAACUGGAUGAAAUGUCGAAUAUACGCCAGGUGGACUGUGACAGCGUUGCAAAGCCGAGCACCAUGGAGCAGCUGCAGCCUGUGACCAAGUGCAACAAGGUGGUCACUAGCGAUCGCGCUGGCGUAAUUGUCUCUCGCGACUGUCACUUUGAGGUGGUUGGACAGAAGGAGAACGUGUGCACAGUUACGCACAGCCGUCAGGUGGAGAGCUGCUACACCUGCAAAGGUGAUCUAUGCAAUGCCUCGUCUGCAGAACGACUUUUGGCAAUAACAUCAGCAGCGCUGCUCGCAUUAUUCGCCAUUCAAAUGGCGCUGUAAGUGGGCCCAGCUUAUUAAAUAUGAUUAAUAAUACAUUG